CUACAAAGUGCGUGGCAUCAGAAUGAAAUUAACAGCAACGGUCGUGUUGCUUACUUUGGGCUUGCUGAUUAAUGCAGAACAAGUUUCUUACAGAAAUUACAAAGUGUAUAAAAUUGAGUUCGCGUCCAGAGAUGAACAAGCUGGACUGAAGCAAUGGGAGGAAAAGGAUGGUGUGGACUUUUGGGACGGUGCGGGGCAUCGUAUAAUGAUCCACCCCGAUUUGCAGCAAGAUUUUGAAAGUUUUCUAGUGUCGAACCACAUUUCUCAUGAGGUCAUAAUCGACGAUGUGGAAACAACCAUCGAAGCUGAGCGGAACUACAAUAACGAAUAUAGAAAAGCAAAAUUAGCAUCUGGUCGUAGCACCGUUGAUUUUGAUCACUUCUGGAAUACCCAAGAGAUCUACGAUUAUAUCGAUGAAUUGGCAGUCGAGUAUCCAAAUUUGGUAUCGGUUGAGGUUAUUGGUCAUACUGAAGAGAACCGCGAAAUCAAGUCCAUCACUAUUACAAGUACCAGUGGCCAAGUCAAUGGCACGAAGCCCGUGAUCUUCAUCGAUGGUGGAAUACAUGCGCGCGAAUGGGCUGGAGUUAUGUCUGUGGUAUAUCUCAUCCACGAACUGGUAGAGCACAGCUAUGAAUAUGAGGACAUGUUUGAGAACGACUGGGUCAUCGUUCCUGUGGCGAAUCCGGAUGGUUAUGAGUAUUCGCAUCUAACUGACCGUUUGUGGCGUAAGAAUCGGUUCCGAUCCUCCAUCCAGUGCACAGGCGUUGACCUGAACCGCAAUUUCGCAUACCAAUGGAGGCUUGGCUCCAAUCGAUGUUCCAUCACUUAUGGAGGUAGAAUUCCGUCAUCUGAAAAGGAAACUCAAGCGCUAGUAGCACUCAUGGAGCGUUAUAGAAGCAGUUUGGUGCUUUAUCUAGCAGUUCACACGUAUGGGAAUAUGAUCCUGUACCCAUUCGCAUAUGCAACGCCAUUCGUUCCUGUUGAUAACGCUGCCGAACAUGCAACCAUUGGCGAAAGGGCAAGGGAUGCUGUCCUGUCUGUUGGUGGCCCCAACUAUAUCGUAGGAAAUAGCGCUUAUGUUUUGUACUCUGCUUACGGUACAAGUACCGACUACGCAGUAGGACACGCUGGAUUCCAGUACGGCUAUACACUGGAGCUGACUGGAGGUGGAAGUACUGGAUUCGAUUUGCCUGCAUCCGAGCUCCUGAAUGUUGCGCAUGCUACUUUCCAAAUUUUCCGAUCAAUGUCCAGUGAUAUUUAG